UGUUGCUGCUGAUGCUGUGAGAUUGCGUUUAUCUCUCAUCUAGUCUUCGCUGUCUGCACUUCAUCCUGUCAACACCGGCGUCAUUCGCGCCCUGGAUGGCUGCAUUUGUAACUCCGGUGUGAGUUAUUUUUUUUCCCGAGGACUUUUGACUUAUAAGUAAACAACCAUGACUGACCCAAUGACACAAGAUUCUUUCCCUGUCCCGGAUCCCACAAUCGUGGACCCUUCGGCCGUACGGAACGGCGGGUGCGCGUCUAAUGCGAAUCUAUCCAAAAUACCGAGUCAAGACGAUCCUUUUAAUAUGGACCGGGACCAAGAGAUGAGAAUCACCGACAGCGUUGAUGGUCAAGGUAGCCUGCUGGAGAGCAGCAUGCGACUAAAGCCCCACGAGGCUCAGAACUACAGGAAGAAGGCAUUGUGGGUGUCUUGGAUCUCCAUCGUGGUGACAAUCAUCCUGGCAGUGGCAGCCUUCACUGUUUCAUUCAUGAGACACAGCGCAUCAGCCUUCGGAUUUGCCUUUGACGCCACGUUGGACGUGCUAUCUUCAAUCAUCGUGCUGUGGCGUUAUAGCAACGCAGCAGCUGUCCACUCUGCCCAUAGGGAAUACAUAGCGUGUGUGGUCCUUGGGGUGGUCUUCAUCUUGUCCUCCCUGUGCAUUCUGGGAAAAGCCAUCCAUGACCUGGCCACCAAGCUGCUUCCUGAAGUGGAUGACUUCCUCUUCAGUGUGUCUAUUGUCAGUGGGAUUAUGUGUAUCAUCCUGGCUGUGUUGAAGUUCAUGCUGGGGAGAGUGCUGACCAGUAGAGCCCUCAUCACUGACGCGUUUAACUCCAUGGUGGGGGGAAUCAUGGGUUUCUCCAUCCUCAUCAGUGCUGAGGUGUUCAGACACCACCCUGACGUCUGGUACCUGGACGGAUCCAUCGGCGUCAUCAUCGGACUCGUCAUCCUCGCGUAUGGGGUCAAACUGCUGCUGGACAUGGUACCCAGGGUGAGACAGACCAGGAACUACGAACGCUUUGAGUGAGCCAGUCACCAGAUUAGUGGGAUGCUCCGAGGACCAGGGUUACACCUGCCACAGCCUCUCUCUCUCUAUAUAUAUAUCUCUCUAUAUAUCUCUCUCUCUAUAUAUAUCUCUCUCUAUAUAUAUAUCUCUCUCUAUAUAUAUAUAUCUCUAUAUAUAUAUAUAUCUUUAUAUCUCUAUAUAUAUAUAUAUAUCUCUAUAUAUAUAUAUAUCUCUAUAUCUCUCUCUCUCUCGCUCACUCGCUCACUCGCUCACUUGCUCUCUCUCUGUCUCUCUCUCUCUCAUGCACACGCACACACACACACACACACACACACACACACACACACACACACACACACACACACACACACACACACACACACACACACACACACACACACACACACACACACACACACACACACAUAUAUAUAUAUACACACACACACACAGGCCUCAGCCUGGAGAGACUCGGAGGGAAAAACAAUGAAAGACAUUAAGAUGUUGUCAUUCUGAAUGCCAACCCCUCAAUCAAGCUUUUCCCAUCCAGCCACCCCCCCCCCCCUCCAACCAUUUCUCCUUACCUCCUGACACAUUCUGUCCAUCGUUACUAUUAUCCAGAAAAGAAGGAAGGAAUGAAAGGGGUGAGAAAAUAACUAGGAAGAGGUUGGCAUUAACGGCUGGUACCAGAGAGAGGAGCUUUGGCAUGUCUAUUUGAACCCCUUGCCAUUGUUGCUAAGCGACCUGGAAGCCCUGGCAUUUUGAAAGGCACAAGAUCAUAAUUUUCAUAUUGAUCCAAACCUCCUGGGAUCCUUAGUCAAAUGUUCCCUUUUCCUUGCCAACACUGAUUAGUAAUACCUGUUGUAGAUCAUCCAUCUCAUCUUCUGUGAUGUUUUAAAAUCCCUACGUAUUGUUAGAAUUUAUAAUGGGUCUGGUUGACUCACUGCAGGUUCAGAGUGCGUGUUGGAGUGGAAUCCUGCCACUACUUUCUACCCAGUCUGUCUCUGCUCUCUGAGAUUAGAAGCUGUUAACUAUAGUAUACUGAACAAGAAUAUAAACGCAACAUGCAAAAAUGUCAAAGGUUUUACUGAGUUACAGUUCAUAUAAGAAAAUCAGUCAAUUUAAAUUAAUUAAUUAGACCCAAAUCUAUGGAUUUUACAUGACUGGGAAUUCAGAUAUACAUCUGUUGGUCACAGAUACCCGAACAACAAUGGGCCUCACAGUGGGCCCCAGGAUCUCGUCACUUUAUCUCUGUGCAUUCAAAUUGCCAUCGAUAAAAUGCAAUUGUGUUAGUUGUCAGUAGCUUAUACCAUAACCCCACCGCCACCAUGGGGCACUCUGUUCACACCAUUGACAUCGGCAAACCGCUCGCCCACACAACGCCAUACACAUGGUCUGCUAUUGUGAGGCCAGUUGGAGGUACUGCCAAAUUCUCUAAAACAACAUUGGAGGCUGCUUAUGGUAGGGAAAUGAACAUUAAAUGACCUGGAAACAGCUCUGGUGAACAUUCCUGCAGGCAGCAUGCCAAUUACACGCUCCCUCAAAAUGAGACAUCUGUGACAUUGUGCUGUGUGACAAAACUGCACAUUUUAGAGUGGCCUUUUAUUGUCCCCAGCACCUGUGUACCCGUGUAAUGAUCACGCUCUUUAAUCAGCUUCUUGAUAUGCUACACCUGUGAGGUGGAUGGAUUCUCUUGGCAAAGGAAAAAUGCUCACUAACAGGGAUGUAAACAAAUGUGUGCACAAAAUAUGAGCGAAAUAAGCUUUUUGUGCAUGUGGAAAAUGUCUGGGAUCAUUUAUUUCAGCUCAUGAAACAUGGGACCAACACUUUACACGUUACGUUUAUAUUUUAGUUCAGUAUAUAUAAGAGAGUGAAUGUGCCCUCUGCAGUGCUUCUCCUGGCUUCUCUACUGACACAGCCCAGGUGCCAGUAGAGGACACAGUGAUACAUGUAUAUAUCCCUGUGGUAGAGGACUAUGGCCAGUCACUCCACGGUAGUCCUCCACUCUCUGGCUUCAGAGAGAAACAAAAAAAAGAGAGAAAGGGAGGCCCAAACAGCAGGGCCAGGCCAGUAUCUGGAGGGGUUUGGCUGCCAAUUGGUAAGAUAUAGAGUACUGUACAUGCACAGAGCAGACCAGACCAGCAGAGCAGACCAGAGCAGAGCAGAGCCGAGCAGACUAGACCAAACCAAACCAGACCAAAACAGACCAGACCAAAACAGACCAGACCAAAACAGACCAGACCAAACCAGACCAGAGCAGACCAGACCAGACUGGACCAAACCAGACCAGACCAAAACAGACCAAACAAGACCAAAACAGACCAGAGCAGACCAGACUAGACUAGACCAGACUAGACCAGACCAGACCAGACCGUCAAGCAAGGCAGAGAGUAGUUCACAGUCAACAUUGACUUCAGGGUUGAGGGCGAAAAGCAAACUGUUAGCAUAAGUGAAAAUAUGGCAUUACAGUGUCCCACUGAAAAGCUGAGAACAAAGAACACAAGUCUAUCAAUCACUAGAAGUACAGAAACACCGUUCUACUUGACAAAGCACAAGUAGAAGCCUAUCCAGAUGGGAGCACACAGGGAACCAGACUAGAGACAGUUACAGUAGCUACAGUAAUACCUCUUCCUCCAGAUAUGCAUGCUGUACCACACUGUUUUGUUCUAGAUAACAGUGUUAAAUCCUGUCAUAAUAAUGACUGUAUCCCUCCACAACCUUGUCUGGGAUAAGCGUAUCUAUAUAACUGAUAGUCAUGUGUUUCAGUGCCAUACAUGCUCAGAUUCCUAAACGAAGACAACAUUAUUAGCCAGCUUGUUUACAUGGCACUUACUUACGUUUACAAUGAUAUAUACUGUAUGUAUCUAUGUCAGUAGAGCGUGAGAGAAAGACUGACGUCAAGGUUAGAGACAAGAAAGUAACUGGUUCAGGUAAAGUAGUGUAGGUAUGUAUGUACAGAACACUAUAUUGCAAAAUUGUAUUCAUUACUUUUUAAACUAAAUUAGAAUUCUUAACAUGCGGUAGCCAAUAGAUGUGAUUAUGUGCCAUGUUUCACAAUUGCAAUAGUUAUAUGGGGAUACAUUCGAGUUACAUGUCAAAAAUAAAUGUACAUGUCCCAACUUAAUCUACCUGUCCUGGCAGUAUGGACCGUAACCAACAUAGAGAGUCAAUAUUAUGUGCGGCCAGCGGUCACUAUGUACAUCAGUGAUCUGCUUCACAGCAUAUUGGAUCACCAUCAACGGCAAUGUUCUUUCUCUUACUGUUUACCUCCACUUACCCCUCAUAGUAGUGAUGCGUUUCCUGUAUACCGUACGCAAAUGACUGUAAAUACAAAACAUUAAAUGUGUAUAAACGCUUAAUAGACUGUUUAGAUAGAGGCUUCUAGAUGUAGCAAACCAAUAGGAAUAGCUCAAAUGAAUGAAUGUUAUUUUCUAAACAAUAGAUGAUUCAUAUUAUAUUUCAGUCGUAUCAUAAGUCUUUGCUCUGCCAGUUCAGCUCAGCUUUGAGUUGAAACACUGUAAACGUGUCAGUCAGAGCUUUCUUUACCCCCACAAAGUCUUCAAAACAAUACAAAGCACAGAGUUUAGAUCUUAAAUUCCACAGAAAUAGGAAGUUAAAGAAAUGUUAUACUUCUUAGAGUAUGAUUCCUGGUCUUACAUUGUUAAAUGAUGUCUGUGCUCACUGCUUAGAAGACCAGGCUACAGUAACAUUCACCAUAACACGGACAAACUUCCUCAUCAGCUGAAUUUAGAGGCUGUUAAAAAAUAUUGUAAUUUUCCAUGGAAUUUGUUUGUAUGCUCUCAUGCCUGUGUAUUAAUCCCCGUGUAUGGUGUCAUACAACUGAGUUGUGCAUACUGUACAUUAUAAGUGAGUAUACUGUAGAUGCUGUAGAUUGACUGACAUAAUAGGAGCAACAUCUAUUUUGUAAUUACUUCACUGUAUGGAUGUGUUUUCUCCAAAAUGUCACCAGAUGACGUCCCGUGAAGUUGAAUUCGUGCUUAGAAUCUGUUACAGUAAUUCCCGAUUCAAAGCUGUGAAAUUAUUUCUAGAUAUGUGUUUAAUGGUGUAAUUGGCAGCAAUGUGCUAUUAAUUAAUUGGCUCAUUCGUUUUACUUCACAAGCACUGGCAAUCAGACAAAGACAGACACAGGGAUACAUGGAAACACACUGGUAAUGUAGGGAAGCAGACACAAGCACAAUCUCAUAGACAAAACGUGUAACCAUAGCGAUGUCUUCUACUGAUCAUUUGAUGAAGUUAUGUUAUAGCAACACUCGCCCUUUCCACUGUUUUCCUUUGCAUAGGCUGACACAAACCCCAGCGUUCUACAGUAUAUACUUUUUUUGCUUUUCUAAAACGUACACAUACACAUUCACACUCGUCUAGGCACAUCAUCUUAAUGUAAAUUACACCUGUGAACAGUUUAAGAGUAGAAUCAUGUGUCUGAUUGUAAAUAUUUCAAUGGUAUUACAGAUUAUGUAAACACUACUGUAUGUAUAUUUAUGUAGAACACAUAUCUGACUAUGUGGUACCUCUUCCUCACAGAGGAAAAGUUUUAUUGAACAAUAAAGUUUUAUCCUGCUCAUUCAUUGAAAA